UCUCCACAGGCUGAAAGCAGCCGGCCCCGACCUGCCCCCCCCAGGGACCCCAGCAGCAGAUGGCCCCUCGUGGACGACCCCACCACCAGAGUGCCUCAGCUGGACGACUGUGAGCGCAUGGGGACUCUUUUCGGGAUGCUCAACAAGGGUCUGCGGAGGAUGGGCUUCAGCCAGAUGUACUUUGGGGACAAGAUAGUGGAGCCGGUAGUGAUCGUGUUCUUCUGGCUGCUGCUCUGGUUCCUGGGGAUCCAGACCCUGGGGCUGGUGGGAACUCUGUGCAUCAUCAUCAUCUACAUCCAGAAGUGACGGGGGCGGAGCCUGCUGUUCGCUUGGGUUAAUGCUUCCAUCUGCAGGACUUUUGUUGUGCGAAUGGAUUUGAGGGGGGCGUUUAAGUGACGGUGACUAGCAGCUUUCUGCAAUCGGUUUGAAGCUUGUUCAGUGUUUCAGAGGGUCCCUUCUUCAGGAUUGAUUUUCCCUCAGAUACAGGAGUGGUGUUUUCCCGCUGCCUCUGCUAUUAUUCUGUUGAAAUGGCAUGGAGAGCUGCAGGAAUGAGUCCUAAAACCAGGAUAUGAGUUAGCAUUUGAACACUUCCUGUUCCCUUGUCUCAAAGUUUUUUUUAACAUGUUUUUGGUUAUACAGCUGAAAUAAGAUCUGUGGUUAACAAAAGAUUUUCAAUUUCCAGAAGUAACACAUGUCAGUAAAUACCCCACUGGUGCAUGCCUGAAGCUUUUAUGUGUCAUAAAAACGGAGGUUGAAUACUAGUUAGUAAAUACGACUACUAAAAGUAAUGUUGCCGAAUUAGCCGCUUUUAGCUUAGCGGUGGUGACAUAAAGUCACGUGACCAUGAUUGUCAAGGUUGUCUAUUUAUAGCAUUAGCUAACGUUAGCUUUUAACUCUUGCAGUAAUUGCAAUUACGCUUCAGAAAUCAUAAAGUGGUGUAAAUAUGUGGAAAUGAUCCUGCUCGACACAAUAUGUAACAUGUCAUAUAACAAUGUGUUUACCAUAGAUCUUAUUUUCAGCAAUAUUUGGAAAUCCAAUGGACAAGCCCCAUUGAUUUUUGUCGAGGUAGCCAUUAAGAUGCUAACUUCCGGGUCGGGCUACAAAAAUACGUCUUCGCGGCACCACUCUAUAGAUGAUCUGAAUGUGAGAACAGGAAGACAUUGUUGGAAAUAGCUAGUUUUAGUUUGAAUCAGAGACUAAAGAGUGAAGGACUGAAGUCGCAGCACUGAGGAAACACUGCACACAUCUCUGUUUUACUUCAAAAAGAUUGGAGAUCUUCGCUGACAUAAAGAAUGUGAACGUGUUGGCUAAUCGUAUAACCCAUCCGAAGGAAAGGUGUCUGAAAAUAAAUCUGACACCUUGUGAAACCUAUACUGUAAAAUAGGGAUGGGAACGAUUAAUCGAAUAUUUGAAAUUAUUCAGGUAUUCGAAUAUGAGUUAUGAAUAUUUUUAUUAAAAAAA